AUGCCGACCCAUCUGGGUAUUCAGUUCGAGGUGUUAUCGCAACUCGAAUUGGCGAUACAUCCAGAAUUCCCACACCCCGAGAGCUCUCAAUCCACCCAUCGAAGCCCGAAACGAGUCAGCAGCGUAGUAGAUUGGUCACCUCCUGCAGUUUCCGCGGUCAGCAAAGCCGAUGCUCUCCUGGGCAGGAACACAACAUGUUCUGUUUACAUCCCCUCGACUGCAGGCGCGCGAUUCUGGCUUCGAUACAACAUUGACAAGUCUGCGUUGGCAAAUUCAAAGUGGUAUUACUUCAAGUUGUUUAUGAAUGGUAGACAUAUCGCAUCUUUUGGUGUCGACGCGAAGAAGAAACCCAGCGGACAAGUAAUGCAUGGACUGUUCGACCCAAGUUCGGACUGGAACUAUGAAAAUAAUGGCGAGAUCUGGAAGAACAUGGGUCUGGAGAAACGAGCUUUCUACUUCGCUGGCGCUGACAAGCAACGCUCUGUUAUCAACGAUGGAGGGCUUAUCGAAGUGUUGUGCUUCCGAGCUCAAGGACGCCGGAGAAAGCUUCCUGACCCUGAAGUUUGGAGAGAUCAACAAGACUAUGGCAUUAUAACACCUGGCGAGGGCCUCCAUGAAAAUCCAGCAGAAGCAAAGUUCUACGAUUGGCACCUGAAGGAUGCGAAUAAGUCUCCGUUUGUUGUAUUCAAGUUUCAUUAUCGAUCAUGGGAGAGUCUUGAAAUGCUAGAGCUCAUACCAUCGGAUCACCCACGCAUAUUGAUGCAGCCACAACGAAAGCUUCUGCCGGAAGAACUCAAAGCUAUGUUAGAGGUACAGAGCCAAGAUCUUACGUUCCUAAACAGGCCCCACCCUCCGUGCGAAGACUGUGUACCAUCACUCCCAGCUUUUGCAGGCGAUUCCUGGUUCGACGAUACCGAAGAUAUGGAGGACUUUGCAGACUUCGACAGCACUCCUCAGGCUCCCAAGCAUACCGGUGGUGAAUUCAGCUUUGAGGCUGAGGUUGAGGUUUCCCCACUUAGGAUCCGCCGACGCAGACCCACCGCUCCUUCUUCUAAGUUCUCGGACUCGAAACUGCGUGGAACCACAUCUCCAGCAGGAUCUCCGCGCCCAAGAGAAAUUCGACAAGGCGCGCUAGACGACUUUCUGAACAGACCACUGCCCGAGAUCCCGCUUCGCAAAAGCUCCAAAAAGCUUCAUUCAAGAUCUUCGUCAACGACCUCAAGGGCUCCUUCUGUCACUCCUUCUCUGUUGCCUUAUAUUGAUCGUGAUAGCGUGUCUCCAGAACCUGAAGUUGGUGUAGCACAGAUGGUCGAAGUUCUUCUCGCCAGCCCUGUCCAAGUCCCCUCUUUGAAUUCAGAUUCUGACCCUAUGGAAGCUAGCGACCUAAUUAUCACUCCGCCCAAGAUCUCUGCUUUCGAGAAAACUUCUCCACUGCCAAUUAUUGAAGAGUCGUCACCGAUGCUUCCGCGUAAGCCAUUGUUGUCAAAUCUCCUUCCCAGUGGCAUGUCCAACGUUAUCAAGAGAAAGCCAGUUGGGUCACCCAGUGCUUUCUUCAAGCAAGAAGAAACCACUACUCCUUCACCAACCGAUCUGUACCCGUCGUCCUCGCUGCCUAACGUCACAGUUCGCAGGCCCCGACGCUCUACAUUUAUGAAGCUACCCUUGCCAUUACCCAUGCCUCGUUCCAAGACCGCUGUUUCGUUUCCAAAGCGUAAAGAAUCGGUGGACGUUUUGAGGACUCAAGAAGUGGCUGCGGUGAGAGUGUCGGAGUCGCUGUCGGAGUCAGAGUGGAUGUCUCGCACACCAUUACCUCAUAGUUCUAUGCUUUCGCUAGAAAGCCUAGGAGGCGCCACUCCAAAUUCCACCCUUGCGAAGAGAAUGAUAGCUGAGAAGGCUAGCAGUCUAGGCAGUGCGAUCAAAAGAAAAUCGACAAGUUGGUACAAGCACAAGACACAGGCACGCACCGAUUCACUUAAUGAGAACACUCCAGACAACAGCAGCCUCGCCUCAGAUUCCAACAUUCGUGUCGACGGCAACUGGAUCUGAUACUACUUCCUUCCCUGUUUGAUUUUGCAUGACAGACUGAAUGAGUUACCCAACGCAGUUGGAUUUUGAGAUGAACAACAAGGCACUUCUUGCAGCAAUACUUCGACAAGCAGAUUUGUUGAGAAUAACCACGACACGAAUUGACGAUGAACAACACGAACUACAUGACGACCUGCGGACAGAACCACUGUUUGCUUACGAUUUGAGGUGGACCUCUUUGGUAUCUUGACUUGCAUGAUGAGAUAUGAUUGAGUUAAGAGCGAGAAGAUACCCGGAGCAGAUUUCCUGCCUUAUGUAAAGUAGAUUCCCAAAAACG